AAUAUCGAUGCAUUGUAUUUGAUUUGAUAGACCCUCCGAGGUUGAGACGAGGCUCUGGCCUCUCGAAGCGCCAUUUCGACUUCUGCCUCACUUCCAUGUUAACGUUUUUCGAUAAGCAUGUGUCAGUUUCACGUGGUGCUAACUUGGAUGUAAACAUCUCUUCGCUCGGGAAUCGAAUUCACGGGUAUGAAAAGCGCAUGAAAACCUGAUUUGAAAACAGCAACAUUCAUCUGAAAACCCAUGGGAUCAUUGCUGUAGAGUUAGUGACAAGAAUCUGCGCAUAGGUGAUGGGGAAUACAGCAUUUUCUCGGGGAGGCGCUUCAAGCUGGCAGUUAAGGGGCAAAAUGACCAGUACAAUCGCUUGCUUGAGAUUUUAAGAGUUUGAGAGUUUAAUCCACUAUCGUUGAGGCGAGAGCAAACGCCGGGAAUAAGCUGGAAAAUCAGCUUAAACGUCAGCACAGAGAAGACAUCUCGGCGCUUUAUUAACUCGUAAAAAGAGACUCCUCUUGAACAGACUUUACAUUUUUAAUACUGGUAAAUCCUGUAACUAAUUCGGACUGCAAAGCACUAUGAAAAUUGCGAUCAAAAUAAUAUAUCGCUCCUCUACUUCGUUCGUUUAGAUGUUUGUUAUUGCGAACAACAAUAAUUAAAACGGGUUUUGACGUUUUGAACUUGAAACGAAAAUACAAUAGAAAACUGUCAGAAUUUCUUGGUGCCAUUACCACGCGUCAAUUGGCCAAUCAGCGACCAAGUUCAGAUUCUGAACCUAGCAGAAGUCGAAAUAGCGCUUCGGGAGGCCAGAGCCUCGUCUAAACCUCGCGGGCCACUAAAUAGAGAGACGUUCGAGGCUCUGGAACCAUUAUAGUCAAUGUAUCAACAGAGGUGAAUGGUUUAAAGACGCGGCUUCUCGAAUUACACUGUAAAUAAUAUUGCGUGACUUUGAAUUAACUUGAUUACGCAUGCCGAUAGCGACGAGUCAUGAUCGUCUGGUAAAGAUGGCGGUGCAAACACUCUCUUUCUAUUUCCGGGUAGCUUUCGCCAUCCUUCUGCUACAAACAAUCACAGUUCUUUCAGUUUGUGCGGAAGCUGGUUGCUCCAGUCAAGCGGUUGGCAUUAGCGAUAGUCACGUGAUACCUGAUAACAGAUUUUCAGCUACGACAAUAUACGACAGCAGAUACCAUCCCUAUUAUGCUCGACUUAACGGUUCGCCUGGAUGGGAUCGCAAAAGUAGUGAUACUAGUGGCUAUCUUCAAAUCGACCUCAACGCCGUGUUCAUGGUGUGCGCUGUGGCUACGCAGGGCGCCUCAUAUGGGACAGAGUGGGUGAAGUCAUACAAAGUUCAGUUUUCCAUUGAUAAUCAAGCAUGGUCCACAUACCGGGAGACGGCUGGGACCGACAAGGUAUUCAAUGGUAACACGGACGGAACGACAGUCGUCAAAAACACCCUCGCGGUUCCCACCAUGGCGCGGUUCAUCCGGUUUGUACCUUUAAGUCAUAACAGGGACCCGACGAUGCGCGUGGAGGUGUACGGCACAAAACCCGACGUGUGCAAGUCGUCGCUUGGUCUGAUGGAUGACGUCAUUCCGGACUCAGCAAUGUCGGCGUCAUCGGGUUCACCGUCCGCUGCCCGCCUAUACGGCAACUCAUCAUGGUGUAGUACGUCAUCUACCGUGUCUGAGUAUCUUCAGGUUGACCUGGGAGGGGUGAGAACGGUCUCAGGAGUAGCCACACAGGGGUGCCCUAGGGAGAACAAGUGGGUAAAGACUUAUAACCUUCAGUACAGUGGUGAUGAGACACGAUGGCUGACUUAUGAUGCCGCCACCAGCAAUGACUUCAGCUUCACGGGUAACGUCAACAAGAAUCUUGCGAUGAUCAACUGGCUCAGUCAUCCAAUCAGAGCGCGCUACGUCAGAAUCAAGCCGCUGACCUGGAAUAGCGCAAUCUGCUUAAGAGCAGACCUGUUUGGAGACAUCGAAUGCUCGUGCGAGAAUCUGGCUCUAGGACUCGGUGACAAUCGCGUACCUAGCGCAAGUAUCUCCGCCUCAUCAAACAAUGCAAAUGCCGUACGCGCAAGACUGAACUCUACAAGCGGUGCAUGGUGUGCGGGCUCAGGUGACGUCUCGCCAUACCUGCAGGUGGAUCUUGGAUCAAGUCACAUGAUCUGCGCCGUAGCUACACAAGGAGAUCCGUCCGCUGACCAGUGGGUACCGACUUAUUGGAUUGAUUACUCGGAUGAUGGAGCAAACUGGACAAGUUAUAGAGAAAAUAACACCACUAGGAAGUUUAACGGUAAUUACGACAGAAACUCAAUCGUGCGUCAAGUACUGUACCAAGCCCCCGCCGCCAGAUACGUCCGCGUGGUGCCAAUUUCGGAGACUGGGUCAAAGUGUCUACGGUUGGAGCUGUACGGUCACCGACUGGGAUCAGAUUGUCAGUCUCGCGCAGUCGGCCUUCAGAGCACAAAUAUGAUUCCUGAUCAUCGCUUCACCAGCAAUUCAUGGUAUAGUAGCGCCUACUAUCCCUGGUACGCAAGACUACAAACAUCAAAGGCUUGGGCACCAAAAGCUGCCGAUAGAGACAAUACAUAUCUCCAAGUUGACCUGGGAGGUCUGUGGUGCGUGUGCUCUGUGGCCUCUCAAGGGACGGCCUACAGCGACUCGGAGUGGACCAAGCAGUACGCUAUCGCGCAUUCUGUCAAUAAUAUCAGUUGGACGCCAUACAAUGAGUCUGGUGUACAGAGGGUGUUUACUGGAAAUGUUGACAAAUCAAAUGUAGUGGUGAGACUGCUCGCUCAUCCGCCACUGGCCAGAUUCAUUCGGUUUGUUCCAAGGGCACGCAACAGCUACCCAACAACAAGACUGGAUUACCGCGGAUUACAGUCAGCUUGUGCAUCAUCACUCGGAGUGGAGCGUGGCUACAUCCUUGACUCACAGAUGACGUCAUCAAGCAAUGAUGGCGCGUACACGGCAUCCGCUGGCCGCCUGUACGGCGGCUCAUCUUGGUGCAGUUCCACAUCAGCCAACAAUGAGUAUCUUCAGGUUGAUCUUGGAGGAGUAAAGACGGUCACAGGAGUGGCCACACAGGGUUCCCGCACUCAAAGCAAGUGGGUCACGCGAUACGUUAUCAAGUACAGCUUCACUGGAACCGAGUGGAGCGACGUCAAGGAUGGCGGGUCUAUACCAAGGAUAUUUGACGGCAACGAGGAUCACAAAACAGGGCGUGUUAACUGGUUUGAAGUCCCCAUCGCUGCACAAUUCAUCAGGGUUCACCCUCAGGCAGUGAAUAGCGGCAACGCCUGCAUGAGAAUAGACUUUUAUGGCUGCACUUUUGUAUUUUUGCCUGGUUUUAAAUCUCAAAGAGAAAUCACUCUCCAGGCAUCAAACGGUACACGCGUGUCUGUACCCUGUCCGAUAAACGGACAACCGCAGCCCGUUGAUUUUAAAUGGUACAAAAAUGAUACCUUCAUGGCUGGGGAUACUUCAAGCAGUAUCACCGUAACAUACCGCUCAGCAGCUGACGUGAAACACAGCUACAAAUGUGUGCAUCCAGACCCGAACCACCGACCUGUAAAGUGUGUCCAGUCGUACGCAUGCUCUGCAAGGUAUCCGCUGACUCUACCAAGUGCAGGCACAGCCAGACGUGCAGAGAUAAAAGUCUCUGUCCAGCUAAAUGUUUUGGCAGCACCAGUAGUAGAUGUAACAAGGAAUAAGCGCUCACUUACACUGCAGCUGACGUCAUCAGCAGACGACUCGACAGGACCGCUGACCGGUUAUACCGUCAAGAAUCGGACGAGUGGAGCAUGGACUACACGUGAGAUCGGCUCGUCGUCACAAUACGAGUUGACUGGUCUUGUGCCGUACACGAGCUACACGGUGCAGGCGAGAGGGAAGAGUGUGGUUGGACUCGGGUUGUGGAGUGCAGCGGGUUCCUACACCACUCUCAUGGCAGAUCCAGAUGGAAAACUUAUAAUAUCUCAAUCGACGGCUGCAACAUCCUCCACCGCAAUACAGAUACAAUGGACGCUCUCCUCUGACUACCGACUUAACGGGCAAUUUAAGGAAUACAUAGUACUGUACGAGUACAUGGCUAGCAAUGGAAGUAAUAUUAUAAAAUCAGAAAAAGUGACAAACAUCAACACGCAAGACCUUUCCUUGAGCCCGCUCAAAAAAUUUACCAAUUACACCCUUACCCUUCGCUCAAGUAACACUCAGUACACCGGAGCUACAAGUGACGCGCGCAUUGUACAGACCUGGGAGGACGCUCCUGACUGCCCCCCUUCAUCUUCAAACUUCAAGGCGAUGACGUCAACGUCCAUCCGUGUCACGUGGUCAACUCUUCCCGAGACUUGUACGAACGGGAUAGUCCGUAAAUACGUCAUAUCGUAUCACAAAGACGGCGGUAGCAACGAAACGACGGAGGUUCCAACAACGAGCUUCGAAAUCAACAAUCUUGCAAAGUAUACCAAGUACACGAUCAAAGUACGCGGAUAUACAGUCAAGGAGGGUCCGUGGAGCACUCCAGGUGUCGCGAGAACCAAACCCGAUGUUCCCGAAGGCAUCCCAACAAUCUCAACGAUCGCGCCAGGUUCAUCUACAUCAGUAAACCUAACAUGGACGUUCACAGCGACAGAUAAAAUAUAUGGCGAGUUCCAAGGCUUCAAUAUCACGUACAAGGAAGAGGGAGGCGGUACUUUGUACAAAACGACCAAUCACACGACACGAAGCUGCAUCAUUACAGGACUCAAGAAAUUCACUUACUAUGAAGUAUCGGUGUCAGUGCGUAACCACGUGUUCAAUGGCCCGUUCUCUACAACUAGACGAGUGCGGACCGACGAAGAUGUUCCGAGUGCACCACCUUUAGGCGUAAAUCACACCGAAAUCAACUCAACGACAUUCAACAUCAGUUGGAACCCAAUCCCCAAAGAUCAGAGCAACGGAAUCAUCACAAGUUACGAUCUGGAACUAAGUUCCGGACAAGCCAGACGGCGCAGGCGGUCCCUUACAGAGUCCCUCAAUUCCACCUUGACGUACAUCGUACUGCAUAACCUGGAAAGUUGCACCAUUUACCAUCUGCGGGUGCGGGCGAGAACACGAAAAGGACCUGGUCCGUACAGCCCACAAUACACGCUACAAACAUCCCCUCCAGGGACACCAACAGAUUUGAAGGCAACAGACGAGACCAAGACUUCAGUUCUCCUGAGAUGGCGACCCCCAAACUUUAUAGGGUCUAUUAGAUACACGGUCAUGUACAAAGGUUUCAAGCCUUACUGGCCGGAAUGGAAUGGACACUUUGGAAAAGUAACUACAUCAUCCCAGUCUGUCACCCCAAAGAAUCUCAUCCCUGGGACAAAGUACAUUUUCAAUAUUACUUCUUCCACCAAAUGCGGAGAUAGCAAAACACUGAAUUUUAAAGUAGUGACUACGAAAGUUGCAAAUCCUGUAGCACCAGUGGUUCCUCUUGGGAGAAUAUCUCGCGAUACUAACGUCACAUUGUGGAAGGCUGAUGAAGUCAACGGUCCAAUCGACUCCUAUCAAGUCAUGGUUCUGAAAGAGAAACCCGACAACGUGAACCUGACGGAGAUUCAAGCAGAAGAACUUUGUAAAGAAGACGAAGAGAAGAAUAAGAAAAGGAAUUACUACAUUGCAGCCGAAGUGGAAGCAUUAAGUAUGAAUCAAACAAUCAUCAUUGGUGACGGUAGGAUUUACAAAGGAAGGCGGCAGAAGUACAAGAACAAAGCUCUUGACGAAGGAAGCAAGAACAAGGUCUACAUACGAGCGAUGACCUACCUGAACGAAGAGGUGGAGCCUUUGUGUGGAGUUGUCGCUUUGGCUGGAGUAAUAGAAAUCCCGGUCGCCAGCUCGAAAAAUCUCGCAUCAACCACCUCUUCACCCGUAGGAGCAAUAGCUGGAGGGGUGGUUGCGUUACUCAUUCUUGCGGCUUUCGUCGCCGCUGUAGUCCUCUUUAUCAGGCGACGAAAUGAUAAUUCCCCCAUGAGGAAGCCGGCGAUGCAAAUGGAGUCGUUUAACGAGGGUCAAGCGGAAAGCAAUGCCGAUAUCGCCGAUGAAGGAAUAAGCAACCAGCAGGAGGCUGCAGAAGCUGCUAAUACCGAGCGUAUUUAUGACAAUGCUGUAGACGACUUGUCCAAGCCAAUCCCAAUCGCACUCUUCCCAGAAUACGUCGCGAAGAUGCAGGCAAACGGAGGCAUUAGAUUGGAAACCGAAUACAAGAAAUUCGACAAUGGACAGCAGUUUCCAUGGGAAGCCGCCAGGAAACCUGCAAACAAGAACAAGAACCGUUACGCGAACAUUGUUGCCUAUGAUCAUUCACGCGUGGUACUGGAGCGAGUCAAUGGCGACGAGGAUUCGGAUUACAUAAACGCGUCAUUUAUCCACGGCUAUGAUGGAACUCCAAGAUCGUUCAUCGCCUCACAAGGUCCUCUUCCUCCGGCGUUUGAAGGCUUCUGGCGGAUGGUUUGGGAACAGAACUCGCAAUCCAUCGUAAUGCUCACCAACCUCGUCGAGCUAGGCAAGACUAAGUGCCACAAAUACUGGCCAGACAAGACCGAGACAUACGGUGGCGUGACAGUCACGCUGCACCAGUCGGAAAUAUUCGCAGACUAUGAAAUUCGUACCUUCAUCUUGUCUAAGGCGAAACGGAGUGGCAGUCGAAUGGUUCGUCAGUUCCACUUUACCGUGUGGCCGGACAAGGGCGUUCCCCAAUACGCAACAGCAGUCCUCGCGUUCAGACGAAAAGUGCGCGCGUUGAACCCGCGGGACGCGGGACCUGUCAUCGUCCACUGCAGUGCUGGCGUUGGACGCACUGGUGCCUAUAUUGUCAUUGACGCCAUGCUGGAACAGGCCAAAAAGAGCCGAACCGUGGAUAUUCGUAACUACCUCAUAGCGCUCAGGAAAGACAGGCCACACAUGGUCCAGACAAAGGAGCAGUACUCGUUUAUCCACUCUGCUGUGUUAGAAGCCCUGACGUGCGGCAACACAGAGAUACAAAGCGAGAACUACAACCAGGCCAUGCAGAAACUUGCUUCUGUCAACCGUAAAUUCCAGAUGACAGGAUACGCACUCGAGUUCCAGAGGCUGAACUCCGUUACAAGCCGUGAGAUACCGGCGGAAGAGAAAAGCGUUGGUGAGAAACCACAAAAUCUGCACAAGAACAGAUUCUCUGACAUCAUAGCAUUGAACAGCUGUAGGGUGAUGUUGCAUAAGGAGCAUGCUGACGAGGAGUCGGACUACAUCAACGCAGUAUUCCUACAUGCUCAUAGGGAGCGCAAUGCAUUCAUCGCUACCCAGCAUCCCUUACAGCAUACGAUUGAGGAUUUCUGGCGCAUGGUGACGGAUUAUGACAUCGGGACGAUUGUCAUGCUGAACAACCUACACGAACAUGACCAGGAAUAUCCCCAGUACUUGCCUGUAGAGGGCGCAACCAAAUAUGGUCACAUCCGGGUCAGUUUGCUCAGCAAGCAAGAGAAAGGUGACGUCAUCUCUACCAAGCUGAAAGUGACGCGUAAUAAGAAGACUCACGAGGUUCGUCACUUGCAUCACGUGUCGUGGCCAGACAAGUGCAUCCCUGAGGUUGCCCGCAGCGUUCUGGAUCUUUUAGACGAGGUUCAGGCGUCACAGCAGCAGUGCGGCAACGCGCCAGUAUUGGUCCAAUGCAGUAACGGUGUUGGUAGGAGUGGCACGUUUUGUGCGAUCUCAUCAGUUAUUGAGCGUUUGAAGACAGAGCAAGUUAUUGACGUUUUCCAAGUCAUCAAACGCAUUCGUGCCAAUCGACCAGGCGCGGUGGAGAGCCUGACGCAGUACGUGUUUUGCUAUCAAAUUAUCCAGAAGUACUUGGACUCCUUCAGCGACUACGCGAACUUUUCCGACUGUUAAAGGCGACCUCCAAAUUUGGUUAUUUCACGCCUGCUAUGUUAAACCGAAAACAAUAAGCUUAACUAGCAAUUAGAACUGCUAGGCGUUUCACCGCCAUCAUUUUACAUAACUGUAAAAUUUUAAAUGCUGUUCGAACAUGAUUUUUAUGCACUAAAUAGAAUUUUCCCAAACAACUAAAAAUUCAAUAUAUUUUGAAAUUAUUUUCUUAACGACUUUUUGUAAACACCGAGCGAUUACAGAAAAUAUUCAACCCUCUA